AUGGUCUCCAAGUCCGACCAACUGCUCAUCGUCGUGUCCAUCCUAGAAGGUCGCCAUUUCCCCAAACGUCCAAAACAUAUGCUUAUAGUAGAAGCAAAGUUUGAUGGAGAGCAGCUGGCUACUGAUCCUGUGGACCAUACAGACCAGCCGGAAUUUGCUACUGAGUUAGCCUGGGAAAUUGACAGGAAAGCACUUCAUCAGCACAGGCUACAGCGUACUCCUAUCAAACUGCAGUGUUUUGCCUUGGAUCCUUUAACUUCAGCCAGAGAAACUAUUGGUUACCUUGUUCUGGACUUAAGAACUGCUCAAGAAACAAAGCAGGCACCAAAAUGGUACCAGUUGCUGAGUAAUAAAUACACCAAGUUCAAGUCUGAGAUACAGAUAAGCAUUGCUUUGGAAACAGACACAAAGGCACCAGUGGACAGUUUUAAAGCAAAGGGAGCCCCUCCUCGUGAUGGAAAAGUACCUGCCAGCCUGUCUGGACUUGACCCAAAGGACAUUGUGGCAGUGCUGAAUGAAGAGGGAGGCUACCAUCAGAUCGGACCAGCAGGGCGCUGUACCGACUUCUUCAUCAUGUCAGUGACCAUAGCAUUCGCCACCCAGUUGGAGCAGUUAAUUCCAUGUACCAUGAAACUUCCAGAAAGACAGCCCGAGUUUUUCUUUUAUUAUUCUUUACUGGGAAAUGAUGUUACAAAUGAACCCUUCAAUGAUUUGAUCAACCCAAACUUUGAGCCAGAGAGAGCAUCUGUUCGUAUCCGGAGCAGUGUAGAAAUUCUUCGUGUUUACCUGACUCUUCAUUCUAAACUACAGAUCCAUCUCUGCUGUGGAGAUCAGUCACUUGGAAGUACAGAAAUACCCUUAACCGGACUACUGAAAAAGGGUAGUACAGAAAUCAACCAUCGCCCAGUCACAGUUGAGGGUGCUUUUACCCUUGACCCUCCAAACCGAGCCAAACAAAAGCUUGCUCCUAUUCCUGUGGAGUUGGCCCCCACGGUGGGAGUGUCUGUGGCUCUGCAGAGAGAAGGCGUGGACGCCCAGUCUUUAAUUGAAUUAAAGACCCAGAAUGAACAUGAGCCACACCAUUCAAAGAAGAGAGUUUUAACCCCCAUAAAGGAGAAGGCACAUACUGGGCCACAGUCACCAAGCGGGUCCCCUGCUCCACCUCACAACCAGUCACCUCCAACCAAAGACGAUGCGACAGAAAGUGAAGUGGAAAGCUUACUGUAUGAUAAGGACACAAAACUCAAUCCGAAGGCUAUCAGUUCUUCUGUACCUGCAAUAGUGGCCCAACCAGUGACAACAUCUGUUGCUUCAGAAACAGCCUCAGGACAGAAGAUUGCUGUUCCUGCAACAUCACAUCAUUUUUGCUUUUCAAUAGACUUGAGGAGUAUCCAUGAUUUGGAGGUUGGCUUUCCAAUCAACUGUAUACUAAGGUACUCAUAUCCUUUCUUUGGAAGUGCAGCCCCUAUUAUGACUAACCCUCCUGUAGAAGUUCGGAAAAACAUGGAGGUUUUUCUUCCCCAGUCUUACUGUGCAUUCGAUUUUGCAACUUUGCCUCAUCAACUCCAGGAUACCUUCCAAAGGAUUCCAUUGCUGGUUGAAUUAUGGCACAAGGAUAAAAUGAGUAAAGAUUUACUUCUGGGAAUCGCCAGAAUCCAACUUUCUAACGUCUUGUCUUCAGAAAAAACUCGCUUUUUAGGUUCUAAUGGUGAACAGUGUUGGCGACAAACUUACAGUGAAAGUGUGCCUAUUAUUGCAACCCAAGGGUCAAAUAACAGGAUAGUAGAUCUUUCUUACACAGUGACUUUAGAGGAUUAUGGACUAGUGAAGAUGCGUGAGAUUUUUGUCUCUGAUUCAUCUCAGGGUUUAUCUGCUGUACAACAAAAGCCAUCUUCUGUUCCUCCAGCACCCUGUCCUUCAGAAAUCCAGACAGAGCCUCGUGAAACCUUAGAAUACAAAGCAGCACUUGAGCUAGAAAUGUGGAAAGAGAUGCAAGAAGACAUUUUUGAAAAUCAGCUAAAGCAGAAAGAACUGGCUCAUAUGCAAGCUCUUGCUGAGGAAUGGAAGAAAAGAGACCGAGAGAGAGAGUCACUAGUAAACAAAAAGGUGGCUGAAUAUACUAUUCUUGAAGGAAAACUUCAAAAAACUCUAAUUGACUUGGAGAAGCGAGAGCAGCAGCUUGCCAUUGCAGAAUCAGAGCUUCAAAGAGAAAGAAGAGAACUGAAAUCAGAACGUGAACGGAACCUGCAAGAACUUCAGGAUUCUAUCCGGAGGGCCAAGGACGAUUGUGUCCACCAAGUAGAACUGGAAAGGUUGAAGAUGAAGCAACUACAAGAGGAUAAACACCGACUUCAGCAGCAACUUAAUGAUGCUGAAAAUAAGUAUAAGGCUUUAGAAAAAGAGUUCCAUCAGUUCAAAGAUCAGCAAAGCAGCAAACCAGAAAUUCGACUACAGUCUGAAAUAAAUCUUCUCACUUUGGAAAAGGUUGAACUUGAAAGAAAGUUGGAAUCCGCAACCAAGUCUAAACUGCAUUACAAGCAGCAGUGGGGACGAGCUUUGAAAGAACUUGCCAGACUUAAACAGCGAGAGCAAGAAAGUCAAAUGGCUCGUCUCAAAAAACAGCAGGAAGAAUUGGAACAGAUGAGACUCCGUUACCUGGCCUCUGAGGAAAAAGAUACAGUAAAAACUGAGAGACAAGAAUUGUUGGAUAUAAGAAAUGAACUGAACAGGUUAAGGCAACAAGAACAAAAACAGUACCCGGAUUCCAGAGAGAUUGCAAGUGGAAAAAUGGAUGGCCCCCAUGGCAGUGCAUUGGAAGAAGGUUUGGAUGAUUAUUUGACUCGCCUAAUAGAAGAAAGGGAUACUUUGAUGAGGACGGGUGUGUAUAAUCACGAGGAUCGAAUUAUAAGUGAACUCGACCGACAGAUCAGAGAGGUUUUGGCAAAAAACAAUGCCAGUAACUAG